AUGCCCUCGAAACGGAGGCCACAUUCAGACGCAAAAGUUGCAGCUGGCGGGUCUUCGGGUGACGGCUUGCCACCGAAACGCAGCCGUCAAAACGGUAGUGCCCAAUUCAAGGCGCCUCCACUGCUGCACUUGUUUCACUUUCACCGAGCGAUCCGGCACGACCUGGAGCAGCUUUUGGAACUCCUCGAGAGUGUUCCACCGGGCGGUUCGGUGAUUGAGCACGAACGCGAGGAACUUGCUGCGCAACUCGAGUCGCUGCGUCACAUUCUGAGACACCACUGCUCGUCCGAAGACGACGUACUUCUUCCAGUGCUCGUUCGAAAGGGUUGCCGCAUCCUGGAGCAAAACGAGGGUGCAGCGUGCCACAAUUCAGCAGUUUUUAUGGAGUUACACGAAAAAAUGGAGGCUCUCGAGCGACACUUGAAAGCCGCGGAUACUUGGCCGUCGCGAGCCGAGUGGGAACAACUUCGGGACGCUGUGUUUCUCCACCUCGACGCAGAGGAAGAGGCAAUGACACCCUAUAUCUGGGAUAGUUCAUGCCUGACGCCCGACGAGCAGGGCCAGCUGCUGGUCAAGAUCAUCUUUGCCAUGCCUGAAGAGACGCAGACGCGAUUGGUGCUCAAAUCACUGCGGGAGCUUACAUCCACGGCAGAGCGCAGUUACUUUCUCGUGCUGCUGAAGCAGUAUGCAUCUGUUGAGCAGUUUGCAAGCGUAGCGGGCCACGUUGCCCAGGAUAUGUCGCCGGAGGAGUUUCAAGAGCUGAGCGAACACGUUCCUGGUCUCACCGAGGCUGCGGAAUCGCAACUACGACCACUGAUGGAAAUUCGUCAUAUUCAUAUGGCGUUUCGGCAUGCGCUGGAAGACUUGCAGCAGGCCAUCGACGACGUCGACCCGUCAGAUGAGUUGCAACUUCGUUCGUUCGCCAAACAGGUGCGCUUUCUCCGUCUGAUGCAUGCAGCACAUUCCCAGAGUGAGGACGCAGUUUUUUUACCAGAGUUACGCAAAGGAGACCGAGAAUUCGCUGAAUUUAUUCACGGAGAUCAUCAUACAGAAGAUUCCAUAUUCUACGAGCUUCUCUGCGAUGUGGAGAAGCUCUGCGCUGCGUCGGCGGAGCAGCGUCCGCCGCUUAUGUCGAAACUGCGCUCCCGCGUUCGCAGUCUCUGUGGGCAUCUACUUCGACAUAUGGCGAGUGAGGAAUCACGCCUGCUGCCGCGUCUGGAAGGACACUACCCGGUUCUCGAGCAGGAUCGUCUCGUGCGCGAGGUUCGACGGAAAAUCCCGGAAGACGCCCUUCGCGUCAUGAUGCCGUGGCUCCUGGGGUCACUCUCGAUCGCCGAACAGGAGACCUUGGUUAGAAAUCUUCUCCGCUCGAUGUCUCGGCAGGAGUUUGCACGACUCAUCGAGUCCGUGGCGAAAUCCGUGCACAUGGGUGUUUUGGAUGGUAGAAACUGGUACGAGCUUGCACGCCGUGUUCCAGAGAUACGCAAUCACUCCGGAAUAGAGUCCGAGAGUGGACUCUAUUCCGGACCACUUGCCGAGAUCAUGCGGGUUCACAAAGCGAUUCGAGUUGAUCUGCAGGCACUUGCGGACGCGGCGCUCAAACUAGACCCAGAAUCCCUGAAUCCGCGACAUUUAACGACGCUGCGGGAGCGUUUUGCCUUUCUCGAGCGCAUGGUCAGAGAUCACUCCAAUGCGGAGGAUCGGGUGGUGUUACCCGCUCUCGCGGAGCGCGUGCACGGCAUCGUUGAGGAGUACGAAACGGACCACCAUUGUGAACAGGAGCUCUUUCGGCGCUUGUUGCAAACGCUGUUGGAUAUUCAGUGCGCCGGAACUGCUGCGGAGACACGCUCGCUCAUACGGAAACUGCGCGGCAUUGUUCGUGCGCUGCGGGUUGACCUCAUGCAUCAUCUCGAACGAGAGGAGGUCGUUCUUUGGCCAAUUCUGGCGGAAAAGUUCUCAGCAGAUGAGCAGACGCAGAUUGUUGGCCAGGUUUUUGGCCAGAUACCGGCAUCGCGGAUGCAGGAGCUGUUGCCCUGGCUGGUGCGCGUUCUCAGUCGACACGAGAGCGCCAACAUGAUGCAGCAUAUUCUGACAAUUACGCGCUCGACCAUGUUCGCACAGUGGUUGCGGACGUGGUUCAAAGGUUUCGAUGAACUUGUCGGCGGGACGCGGCAAGCUGAUGCAACGGGGCCGGGAGGGAACGCGAGUAUUGUUGCAACCCCAGCGCAUGGACGCGACAUGGAUUCCGCAAAAUACGAGGCUGCCGCUGAAGGCUACAUUCGCCGCGCCAUGGGAGAUGUCGAGCGAGCGAUUCGAUCUAUUGCCCGGGAUGAGACGCUGUCCGAGCGAGAACGCACCAUGUUGAUGCAGAACGUCAUGAUCUCGCAGUGGCGUCGUCGAAAGCUGCAGCCGCCUGCGGAACAUGCCGCAUCCUCAUCGUCCAGUGCACGUAGCUGCACCUGGGGUGAUGCGGAAGCGCUGAUCAAGAACACCAACACCACCAACAACAACAACAACAGCAGUCCCCGUGCGUCAACGGAUCCACAGGGCCGCGGCAUCUGCCGCAUGUACCGGCCGGGUAGCAAGACGGACUCCUCGCCGGGCCAGCUCGGUUGUCGACACUAUGCGCGGGCAUGUCGACUGCUUGCGCCCUGCUGCCAGGUCUACUACACGUGUCGACUUUGUCACGAUGAAGUGAAUGACCACGUCAUGGACCGCUACGCAGUGGAACGAAUUCUCUGUAUGCGGUGCCUGACGGAGCAGGCGCCUGCGGAGGUAUGCAGUUCCUGUGGGGAACGUUUCGCGCACUACGUUUGUCUCAUUUGCAAGCUCUACGACGAUGCGCCCAAUCGGGAUAUCUAUCAUUGUGGCUACUGUAAUGUCUGCCGCGUCGGCAAAGGUCUUGGUAUUGACUAUUUCCAUUGUAUGAAGUGCAAUGCGUGCAUGUCCACGGCCAGUGCGAAGAGUCAUCGCUGUAUGGAGCACAGUCUCGAAUCGGACUGCCCCGUGUGCGGCGAGUACCUCUUUACAUCUACGAAUCCGAUUAAGUUUUUGCGUUGUGGGCACCUGAUGCACGCAAGCUGCUAUCGCCGCUACGCUGCUGCGGACUAUCGAUGUCCGCUCUGCAAAAAGUCGCUUGCAGACAUGUCUGCGUACUUUGCGGCGCGCUUGCGUGACGAGCCGAUGCCACCCGAGUAUCGCGGCAUCCCAGCGCGUAUUUUCUGUAAUGAUUGCAGCGCACGCAGUCUCGUCGAGUUCCAUUUCCUUUAUAACAAAUGCCCUCAGUGCGGUUCGUACAACACGGAGGUGUUGCAGGUAGGGCGCUUGUUGCCUAGCACGAACGCUGCGCUUUCAUAG